UGCAGACAUGAGUCCUUGUAAUAAGGUUUCAGUUUUGUUGCCAUAAAAAAGGGGAAUAACCCUAUUAUUAUUAUAACAAAUGUCUUUGUGGCUUGAAGCCCUUGCUGCUGUUUCUCACGCACGCCCUGGCACUGUGUACAGAGUAACAAGGCGGGUCCGCCACGUUCUCGCCCAGUUGUUCCCAAUUGGCUGUUUCAGCCAUUCCCGAGGCCUCUGCUGGUGUUUUGAGUCGAGGGAUGAAAGUCAAAGGGCUGCAGGGGCAUGAUGCCGCGUGUAUCUUCUGCAGUCUCUCAGUUCAUCGUUACCAGUCCAGGUACUUCAUGACCCGCCCCUACUGGGCAUACAGUGUUUGAAAAAGAGCUUCAUCAUAUUCAUCCAGGGUGAAUACGGAUUCUGAUCCGAUUCUGGCCUCGGACUGCAUCUGGAAAAAAUAACAUUGCAAUUGAGCAACGCAUACACUCUAAACUGAAUUCCCCAUAGGUCAGCACGUAUGUUUGUGUUUUGUUUGCACGCCGUGUAGUUUUUCGCUUGUGCAAUACGGCACUGAUAAAGGACCAUCCAUUUAGUACGUAUGCAUGGAGGGGGGAUGGUUAACCCAAAUGCGUACGCUUGCGUAUGGGGGGGUCUACUGACAAUGUCCGUACGCAUAGGAAACGGGGGGGGGGGGGGUAAAAUCCUCGGUAAUAAUUUGUCUACGUUGGCUUUCAAAUGAGCCACAGUUCAGUUUCUUCAGCUGUCAGACAGCAAGUACUACCGGGAGAAGUAGGUCUGUGGGAGAGGUGUCACUUGUGUGCCAGCGUACCCCUGACUGCGAGCUAUCACACAGCUCAGCAGUGAGUCUGCCAUCGUCUGGCGGCCAGACCCACCACGGAUGAUGAUCACACUUCCUGCAAUCUGGCCUCACUGCAGACUGCCGCUGGCUCAAGGUUUUAGCUGCCGUGGUGCUCUGUUCGUGCUGCUGCUGCUGCUGUCCGGACUUCAGUACUAACACAGACGAUGGAAGAGAAUAACAGCAACGCAGAUUGCCAGACUUUUAGUGAAUACAAAGGCAUUUGCUUCCCCACCAGUAUACAAACACCAGAAAGCCUGCAGUACUCGGAGGAUUUUGACGUGCGUGACGAUGACGUCUUUGUGGUGACUUAUCCCAAAUCAGGCACCACAUGGAUGCAGGAGAUAACGACGCUGAUUGUCAGUGGAGGGGAUUUGACUCCAGUGAAGACCAUACCGUCCUGGCAAAGGGUGCCCUGGGUGGAGAGCAUCACUGGAAAAAAAUAUUUGGAAAACCGCCCCUCUCCACGCCUGAUCUCGACCCAUGCAUCAUACUCCAUAGCACCAAAGAAGCUCAAAGAGGGCAAGGGAAAGGCCAUCUAUGUUAUUCGCAAUCCGAAGGACGUUAUGGUGUCAAUUCAUCACUUUUCAAAGUUUGCACAGUUUCUUACCGAUAUGGGAACUCUUGAAGAAUGUUUCCGCAAUUUUGUGAGCAAUAAAGCUCAAUUAACGGGAGGGUCGUGGUUCACCCACGUACGGGGAUGGCACGAACACAAGGACGCCCCUAACAUCUUCAUCAUCUCGUUUGAAGACAUGGUUAAGGAUCUGCGCGGUAGCGUGAAGCGAAUUGCAGACUUCAUGAAGCGCCCACUCAGCGAGUCGGCCCUGGACACCAUCGCAGAGCACUGCACCUUCUCCAGCAUGAAGAAGAGCCCGAUGGCCAACUACUCGCUCGUCCCUAACAAUUGGCUAGACCAUAACGUUGGAACGUUCAUGCGAAAAGGCGCAGUUGGCAACUGGAAAAGUGAAUUCACCGUGGCGUUGAGUGAGGCAUUCGAUACGGUCUAUGCUAAGAAGAUGGAAGGCUGCGAUUUGAAAUUUGUCUGGGACGUCGCAGAACUGGAUGAAUAAUGAUUUUAAUUAAAGCCAGGAGCACUUAACUGUGAUCAAGCUUAGUGCUGUUUGUCCAGCUUUUUGACAGAUUUCCGUUCUGUUUAGCCAGUAUAAUUAGACUGCAUUCAUAAUUAUUUUAAUCAAGCAAUUAUUAUUUAGAUGUGCAUUGUUUUAAAAUAUUAAUAAAGACGUAAUAGCAUGCUUAAGAGAAAUGUAGCCAAUACAGUUUGUAAUUGUUCGAAUAGGCUUAUAUUUUGUGGCUAAUUGAUUUUUUUCCGUAUAGCGUGGCUUGUGAUUCUGGUCUCAUAGAUUUACUUUUUUACGUCACAAAUGUUUUUUUAAAUUUGCGUUAUCAAGCAAGAUAACGUUUUCUAUUAUGUGAUUACAUUAUUUAAUUGUCCUGAUACAUUUCUCUAAAAUCUCAUUUGUUGCUGGCCAAUUAUUAGUUCUCAUUUGCUACUUCAUUUGAUUGUGCAUGACUUGUAGUCAAUUUCGAUUUAAAGCUUUCGUGACUGCAAGGAUUCAUCUUCUUUGUCAAUGUCAACCUGUUAUUAAAUAUUGUCUAUCACCUGCUUAACAUUUUCUGAAUCCAGUUGUCCACCUUUUUAUUUAUUUAAGCACAGUCGUGAGACAGACUGCUGCCGGCAAUCCGAGUUUAUUUUGUAAUGGAUGCGUUACUAGGCAUGUCUUCAUGUUCAGGAGAGAAGGGACAAAUCGAGUUGCAGUUAGGGCUAUGGUUAGGCCUAUCCAUCGGCUGCCAUUGUAUUUUUGAGAGUAGCAGCGAGGGCAGCCGGUCCACCCUGUCCAUCCUCCCAUCGUUAAUCCUAUGCAGGGG